AUGGCUGGGAACAAUACUGAAGAAGUGGAGGGUUCUGCGACGACGGAAACAAAGGGAACUACCAAUGCGGAGGUGCCACCAGAAUUUUUGAUAAAGCAUCCUCUGCAGAACACCUGGAGUCUUUGGUUCUAUGACAAUGAUAGAAACAAAACAUGGGAGGAGAACCUGAUAGAGCUGACCACUUUCGAUACAGUGGAAGAUUUCUGGAGACUGUACCACCACAUUAAGCUACCUUCAGAGCUGCGUCAAGGCCACGAUUAUGCAGUCUUCAAGCAAGGCAUCCGUCCCAUGUGGGAGGAUGAUGCUAACAAGAUGGGCGGCAGAUGGCUGAUCAGUCUUGAAAAAAAACAACGUAACUCUGACUUGGACCGCUUCUGGUUAGAUGUGGUUCUUCUCCUGAUUGGUGAAAAUUUUGACCAUUCAGACGAAAUCUGUGGUGCUGUGGUUAACGUUAGGGCGAAACUCGAUAAAAUUGGAGUCUGGACAGCUGAUACUUCUAAGCAGCAUGCUAACAUUGAAAUUGGAAGAAAAAUCAAAGAGCAGCUCGGCAUUCAUGGGAAAAUCGGCUUCCAAGUCCAUCGCGACACCAUGGUCAAACAUAGUUCGGCAACUAAGAAUCUGUACACUGUUUAG